AUGGAGUCGCUGAAGCGACCAUUACUCAGUGACGGCCCACUAGCCACCAUAGCCGAAGUCGAGGUGGAGAGGAGCACAACAGUGGAAAGAAAAACAUCCACCACUAGUCUCCCAGAGACUAACGGUAGUGAGAAUGCUAUCACCGGUGAGCCAGGGAAGGAAGAGAGAGGGGACAGAAGUAGAUCGACUUGGGGAGGAAGGGAGUCACGUCCAAGGCCCUCUCAAAAGAAACCCAAGAGAGUCACAGACCUUGCAUCACAGGGGAGAAGACGGGAAUUAGACUACCCACAACCACUGAGAAACUACAACAUCCACGAACAAGGGUAUGGACUGGAGCCUCCGUACCGUCUUCGUACGAGUUCAGAGGUCAACUCCGCCCCCAGUACUAGAACUUCGUCCUUCUCUGAAGGUGGCUUGGAGGAAAAUGGGAACCUGGAUGAGGAAGAGGGAGUGAUAGAUGGUGGGGGCUCCAUUGAUGGCAGAAAUGAUUUCGUCGACGUGGGGCUGGACACAACACUCGAGGGAAUGUCCACUACAAAGGAACUCACUCGUUGCAAGAAAACUGUCCUCGUGUUUUAUCUGAAUUUCCUAAAACUGAUAGGGUGGAGGAGAUGGAGGGGACCAAGGCAAGACCUGGACACCCCUCUCUAUACCAAUGUCCUCAACUUUCUCUAUCCUUCCUUCAUCUUCUUCCUCAUGGUUGCGGCCUGUGUCACACAGACCCUCACCUGCUUUUACCGAGAUGAGGUUCGCUAUGGUCCAGUUAAUGAGAGAGGUAUUCUAGUCAUCAGCUGCAAAGAGCACAUUCUGACACGUUCUGUCAUAGCCGAUGCUCUCCUACUGGCUGCCUAUCUUUUCGGAGUCUAUUUCUUCAGAUACAAAGAGCCAGAGCACCUCUCAGCUCUCAUGGAGAGAGUUUAUCUCAGCUUCAAUUUCAAGCACCGGGUCAGCCCACAGGGAAGACUUACAUUCACACUCAGGAUGAUUCUAAGUCUGUCGGCUGUGUGGGUGCUACUAUCAUUUGCUGGCAAUAUUCUGAGACUGUUUAGUCUUAGCCUCUUGAAAAAUUCAACAUACCUCGCUCUCAUCAGUACAAUUCCAGCCACUAACGCAACGGCAACAAAUAUGACAGUCACGAUGAAACGUGGUCUGAUUGAUAACAUAACUCGUUACACUCUUGUCAUCUACUCCAUCGUUGGAUUCGUGAUGUUUGACAUGCUAUACAUGGCCGUGGUGGUGAGCUACGUCUCACACGCACAGCUCCUACUCACCUACAUCAAUUCCGUCAUCGACAAAGUUCAGACAAAAGCCUAUGACCUAGGAAAGGCCAUAAGAGACAUGAGCCAGAUUUACGAAUCGUUGAAGGUUUUGAAUGCAACUCUCUCUCACCUGACCUCAGUCUGUCUGUUUAUAUUCAUCACCACCUCCAUAUCAUCUCUGGUGGGGCUGGGCAGCAUCAAUGCUGAUCAAGCCACGGGGCGUGAUCGUAAGAUACACAUAUCAGUUGGAGUUAUCAACUUUGUACAGUGGACACUGCUGGCCUUAGCCCCCGUCACACAAGCUUCCAGACUCACAUCGACCUGUCGCAGACUACGGAGACUGGGCCUGGAGAUUGGCGCCAGACCCUUCAGUUACCACGACACUCCGCAGCUGGUCCUGGACUCCUUCCUACAGUACACCAACGCCACUAGAUACACCGCCAAGCUGGCAGGCGUGCCUAUCUACCCAAAAGCUGUCGUUGGAUUUUUAUUUGUGUUUGGUAUAGUAGCCACAUGGGCCCUGGUCAAGUUCAACCCUUUUAGUUUCGCUUCAUGGUUUUAA